AGAUAAUAGUGGCGCAGCGUGCUUACACAGAUGAAAUGAGACAUACUCACCUCCAAUGCUUUUCACAGAAACACACCAUCAGCACAGCUCCUCUUUAACCUGCAAAAUCUUAUUUUACUAAUACCUUCUACAGGUUAUGUUGUAACAGUGCAGGAAGUGAUUCAUUUUAGACAUACAAAUGUAGUUGUACUUCAAAGUGCUUUAUCACUUUUCUGUUUCAACUUCAUGUACAGCAGGUGGGUAAAACUUCAACAUCAUUUAGCUGUAUGAGAGCCCCAUGGGCUAUGCCCACUGUGGCAGCAGAUCUAUUUGUCAGCAGAAUUUCUUCUCACAGCCUACUCUUAUCAGAAGACAGAUGCGAUUACUAAGCUAAAAUGGUAUGUGAAAACAUAUGGUGUUUUGGAGCUGCUUGGUUACUGUGGAGGAUAAAUAGCUCCUGACCCUAACCAGGAUCUUUUCAUGAAAAAAGAGCGGUGUCCCUAUGCCUUAUAAAGGCAUGGGCAGGCUUAUUCCAGCGCUCAAGAAGGGGCGGUAGCGGUUCGUGCUGCUGAGUUGUGUGGCUUUUUUUUUCCAGCAGCAGUCGCAGGCGAAUGAAGAAGUUGAGCUGAAACUGCGAACACUUCAUCCCGGCACUUAGCGGCAAAACUCGGUCAAGAGAGGAGGAAGCAGGUGAAAUUAAAAAAAAAAAAAAAAAAAAAAGAAACCCACUUGGUCAUGGGGAAAUCAGCUUCCAAACAAUUUGCUGAAGAAGUCUUGAAAGUACACAAUGACUACAGGAAGAAACAUGGAGUCCCCCCAUUAAAACUCUGCAAGAAGUUAAACAGAGGAGCCCAACAGUAUGCAGAAGAACUGGCUACCACGAGGGUCCUCAAGCACAGCUCUGAGUCUGCUAAUGGGAAUUGUGGAGAAAACCUAGCAUGGGCAUCCUAUGACCAAUCAGGAAAAGAUGUGGCUGACAGGUGGUACAGUGAAAUAAAAAAUUACAGCUUUCAAAACCCAGGGUUUUCUUCUAGGACAGGUCACUUUACAGCAAUGGUUUGGAAGAACACAAAAAAGAUGGGAGUUGGAAAGGCAUCUGCUAGUGAUGGCUCAACGUUUGUGGUGGCUAGAUAUGAUCCAGCUGGAAAUGUAGUAAAUCCGGGCUAUUAUGAAGAAAAUGUUCUUCCUCCAAGAAAAUAAUAUUUAAUUUUUUUUAAGGUAGUCUUAUUGCUUAAUGACAAGUGAACCUGGAUUUGGACCUAACAGUAUUGAAAUGAAGCCCAAUUCAAUGAAAUCUGUUUGAUACUUCUGUUCACGUCUCAGUGUGGAGGAAGCAAUUACAUUUUGCUUGAGUCAAUCUGCACAUCAGGCCCCUGCUGUUUCUGAGGGGACCUCAGUUUAUCUGAGGAUGAACUAUAAGCAGCAUUUCUGAAGAAUAACAUGGGUAAUUUUUUUUAAUUGUUUGCAUGAGCUCUGUGUCAGCAUGUGAGUAAACACAUGUUGGAUGUCUACUUUUUUUUUAACAAACAAAUGUAUAGCUUUCUGGAAACUGAAGAUACCAGCUUGUAAUUAUAUUGUGUACUCCCAGCUGUCCAAUAUUUCUUAAUAACUGUACCUUAGUUGCUCUGUCUUUACCUCCUGCUGUUGUGGGACCCACUCUCUGCAGAUGGAACACAUGCAAAACUUCCUGUAAGAAAGGU